UAUUUUGUGAAAAGUUUGAUACUUGAAACUUGUAAAAAUGACAGUCUAUAUAGGUGAUUGUACCUAUGCUGUGCAUAAGUGUAUGUUAUGCCUAAGGUUAAGAAAAAAUCUUACCUUAAAAAGGUAAGGGAAAUGCGAGAGUAUAGAAGACAAAGACUAAGGUCAGAGACAAUAGAAGAACGUGCUAUUAGAUUGUGUACUGCUGCAGAGAGAAUGAAGAACGCCAGGGCAAAGGAAACGGAGGAGCAAGCAGCAAUAAGAAGAAUGCAGGAAGCUCAGAGAAUGGCUAGGCAUCGUGCUAAAAAGAAGCGUUGUUUGGAUGAAAAUUUAGCAAGAGAAAUUUCAAAAAUUGCAGAACUCUCAAAAAUGCCGGAUGCAGCAACCAUAGCACAAAUGUCAGAAAUGAAUAUGAAUAAAAUUUCCGCCGAGCUCAAGCAAAUGAUGGAGAGGGGGAAAGUACCAGAACACAUAGUUCAAAUGGCUCAACUGGCUGAAUUCAGCAAAAUGACUGAAUUAAAUAAAAUGUCUCAGGAUAUGGCCAAAAGAUACGAAAUGGAGAAAAUGGCAGAAUAUGCUAAGACAACGGAAUACAUGAAGAUGCAAGAAAUAGCUAAAAUGUCUGAGAUUGCUAAAAUGAAUGAAAUGGUCAAGCUUUCGGAAAUGGCUAAAUACAACGACAUCACGAAAAUCAAUGAAAUCGCAAAAAUGAAUGAGAUGAUGAAGAUGUCUCAGAUGGCGAAAAUUAAUGAGGUUCAAAGGAUGAACGAAAUAGCCAAACUGAAUGAAAUGGUGAAGAUGACAGAAAUGGCUAAAUAUAACAAUGACAUAACUAAAUUAAAUGAAAUUGCACAAAUUAAUGAGAUGGCUAAAGAAAUCGCAAAGAUGAACGAAAAGACGAAAAUGAAUGAAAUGAUAAAAAUGGCAAACAUACAAAAUGAUAUCACGAAAAUGCCAGAAUAUUCGAAAAUGGCAGAGAUGGCGAAGCUAACAGAGUUGGCUAAAUUAAAUGAAAUUACGAUAACAAAAUUAAAUGAUCCACCUCCACCGAAAGUACCAGAAAUUCCUCGAAUUCCUGAACCUGUGAUCACUGUGCCAAAUCCAAGAAAUCUGCAAAAUGUUCAGACUGUACAAGUAGCACAGGCUAGCCCAUCCAGUACAAUAAACUUUCCUACUGUACCCGGACAGGGUAAAUACGCUCAGUUGCUGGUCAUAAUUGAGGAACUCGGAAGAGAUAUUCGUCUCUCGUAUGCUGGAAGUCGUAGUGCAGCCGAACGUUUGAAAAUGGGUAUUCAGCAUGCUAGAAUCCUUGUACGAGAAUGUCUGUUGGAAACAGAACAUAAUGCACGGCAAUGA